ACAGAGCUGAGGCUGAAAGGACGCAGGAUUUACGACUUCUCCUGUGGAUUAACCCAUUUUCCCUCUCUCAAAUCGUUGGCGGAGUAGGAAUAUUUUAGUAAACCCACGCAGGUCCUUUGGACUUUUUUUUUAUUUUAUUUUAUUUUUUUAACUUGUUUCACUUACUUCUGACCUGUGAGGAGCAAACAGAAAGUUUGGGAAUAUUCCCGUUACAUGCUUCGGAUUUUAUUGUGAGCUGAGAAAGGUCAAGGAAGUGUUGAUUUUCAGUUAUUUUUAUUUUUUUAUUUCUCUGUUAGAAUGAGUUGGCCCCAAAGGAUGGUGCUUUGUGCUUUGACGUGUCUCCAGUUCACUGCUGCUCUGCCUGCUCCAGACAGUGAAGGAGAAGUGGUUUCGCCUUCAACUACUCCUUCUCCAUCACUCCCUCCUGCGGAUGCUUCUUCUUCGGUGGUGAAAUCCUCACGGACCUCCCAGGACUUCCUGGGCCAGUUUGCCCAGGUGAAUUCACCAAACAGCGGGGACCGCAAACACCGGGAUGCCAGCGCCGUCCUGCCCUUCAUCGGCCUCACUGGCAGUGCUGAACAGAGUCGUAGCUGCUGCAAAAACGGGGGGACCUGUAUCCUGGGCAGCUUCUGUGCCUGCCCCCCGUUCUUCACCGGGAGGAGCUGUGAGUACGAUCAGCGCAUCAGGAGUUGCGGUUUGAUUCCUCAUGGGGAGUGGGUCCGCAAAGGCUGCUCCUACUGUCGCUGCGGUUACGGCUUCCUGCACUGCUUCCCCCACGUUUUCCAUAAAGACUGUGAUGACUCUGAGGAGGUCCAUUGGUAUCAUUCAUCAGCUGUUAGGAUGAUUCCAACCAGCUACUUCCUUUGUCUGACUCUGCUUCUUCCCAUGCUCCCCUUCCUCUGAUGAUUUUUAUUCCUUUUUUUAAAAAAAGGGGGGCUACUGGUCAGAAACUCUGGUGUUACAUCUACUGGUUUCCAACCUUCCAAUUUCAAAUGAAUCUGAGCUUCAUGAGCAGACAUAUUGUUGGUAAAUUAAGUCGGGAGGCGUUCCUUCACAUACACAUUUUCUAAAAUCCAUCAGUUUUUGCAUCCAGGUCAAACAGGCACAUCUAGAA